GUCAGCUGGGCCGCGCUUCCGCCCGCGCCGCCGCCGCCGCCAUGCGCAUCGAGAAGUGCUACUUCUGCUCGGGGCCCAUCUACCCGGGCCACGGCGUCAUGUUCGUGCGCAACGACUGUAAGAUAUUUAGAUUCUGCAAAUCAAAAUGCCACAGAAACUUUAAAAAGAAGCGAAACCCCAGAAAGAUGAGAUGGACUAAAGCAUUCCGUAAAGCAGCUGGCAAAGAACUGACAAUGGAUAAUUCAUUUGAAUUUGAAAAACGUAGGAAUGAGCCAGUGAAAUACCAGAGAGAGUUGUGGAACAAGACUGUGGAUGCAAUGAAGAGAGUGGAGGAGAUAAAGCAAAAACGCCAAGCCACAUUUAUUAUGAACAGAUUAAAGAAGAGCAAAGAGUUGCAGAAGGCAGAAGACAUCAAAGAAGUCAAACAGAAUAUCCACCUUCUUCGUGCUCCCCAUGCACGCACACCGAAACAGCUGGAGGACAAAAUGGUGCAGAAGCUACAAGAGGAUGUGCUUAUGGAAGAAGAUUCUUAAAUUGCUUUUAUUUUCUAUUUAUAUUUUUUCAGCAGUUAACAGUUCCUUACUGCCUCACUUGACAUCAUUCAGAAAUGUACUUAAGCUGAAGAAAAAUAUAUUUUAAUGAAUGGUGGUCAUUUACAAUUUGAAGUAAUUUCUUAAUGAAAAAUAAUAAGRUGGGUGCUGCUUUGGGCAGUACUUAAAAUUCUGCAGUUUGAGAAAACCUUGUCAGCAGGGUGGAGAAUGAGGCAUUAUUGUUUGAGAUACCAUGUGCUCCUUGGUAAGUUAUACUUUUCCUGGAACUUUUCCAUGGUAAUUAA